AUGUUUAAUACAAAAAAAUUAUUAUAUCGUUAUUUCUCAUCAAAAUUUAAAUUAAGUGAUCCAUUUAACUAUGAAAAAGAUUUUAAAUAUUCAAUUAAAGAACCUGCUUCAUUUUGGAAUGAUGUAUCUAAUAAAUUUGUAAAAUGGGAUAAAAAAUAUACAAAAGCAUAUAGUGGUGAUAAAUGUAAUCCAGAAUGGUUUAAAGGUGGUUUAUUAAAUGCAUGUUAUAAUGCAUUGGAUGUUCAUGUAAAGAAUCCAGAGUUUAAAGAUAGAGUUGCUUUAAUUCAUGAAACUCCUGCAAGAGAUAAUACAAACAAGUUAACAUACGAGCAAUUGUGGGAUGAAGUUUGUUUAUUAGCAAGAGGUCUACAAAACUUGGGUGUUGAAAAAGGAGAUCGUGUUAUAAUUUAUAUGCCAAUGGUUAAUCAAACUGUGAUUGCAAUGUUGGCAUGUGCUCGUAUUGCUGCAAUCCAUAGUGUAGUAUUUGGUGGUUUUGCAUCACCUCAGCUAGCACAACGUAUAGAACACUGUAAACCUAAAGUAGUAAUAUCUUGUAAUUUUGGUAUUGAAGGUCACAAAGUCAACAGCUACACACCUCUAGUAGAGAAUGCAUUGGAACUAUCAUCACAUAAACCAAAUCGUGUUAUUGUAUAUAAUAGAAAAGAUAUUAAACUAGAUGUAGAGUCUCCAAAAAUUUCAAAAACUAUUGACUGGUAUAGCUUUACAAAAGGUUUAGCUCCACUUAGAGAAUAUACACCUGUAGAUAGCACCCAUCCAUUGUAUAUUUUAUACACUAGUGGUACUACUGGAAUGCCAAAAGGAAUUAUAAGACAAACUGGUGGUAAUGUAGUAGGACUUAAUUAUGCAAUGAGAAAUUGCUAUGGAAUGAAACCGGGCGAAACUUUCUUUGCAACAAGUGAUAUUGGUUGGACUGCAGGUCAUACAUUAUCAGUAUAUGGUCCUUUAUAUUCUGGAUUAACAUCUAUUAUAUUUGAAGGUAAACCAACUAUUCCAGAUGCAGGUAUUUAUUGGAAAUUAAUAGAAAAGCAUAGGGUAGAUUCUUUUUUUUCAGCACCAACUGCGAUAAGAACCGUUUAUAGAGAGGAUUCAGACAGCAAAAUAAUAUCUAAAUAUGAUUUGUCAUCAUUAAAAUCAUUAUGGCUAGGUGGUGAACGUCUAGAUACUGCUUCAUUCAAUUAUCUAUAUAAUGCAACAAAAAAACCUGUUCUAGAUAACUAUUGGCAAACUGAAGCAGGGUGGCCCAUAAUAACAAAUCCAUCUGCUCAAAUUAAAAUAAAACAAAAUGCAACAGGUAAAAAUGUUCCAGGAUACAAUUUGUUUGUUUUAAAUUCCAAAUCAAAACCAGUAAAAGCAAAUGAAAUGGGCGAAGUUUGUAUUAAAUUACCAUUACCACCAGGCUUUACAAAUACUUUAUAUCUCAAUGAUGAAGGUUAUAAAAGGGGCUAUUUAGAACAAUACCCAGGUUUUUUACGUACUGGUGAUUAUGGAUUUAAAGAUAAAGAAGGUUACUAUCAUAUCAAGAAUAGAGUUGAUGAUGUUAUUAAUGUAUGUGGUCACCGUUUAUCGACAGGUUCUUUUGAAGAAAUUAUUAUCAAACAUCCCAAGGUUGUUGAAUGCGCAUGUUUUGGUAUAAAAGAUGAAUUAAAAGGUGAAGUUCCAUUUGGAGUGGUUGUUCUCAAGCCACAAUUUAAAGAUGACUAUUUAGAGGUAGAGAAAGAAUUAAUUAAAGAAAUUAGAAAUUCAAUAGGGCCUAUUGCAACUUUUAAAAAUAUUAUAUCAGUUAAUUGUAUACCCAAAACAAGAAGUGGAAAAAUAUUAAGAAAUAUCUUAAGAAAAAUGUAUAAUGGCGAAGAUUACACACCCCCUCCAACCAUAGAAGAUUGCACAGUUUUAGUAGAAAUUAAAAAAGAAUUUAAAAAAUAUAUUUAA